AUGGUCAAUUCGCUGAUAGCUCGUCACUACAGACACUUUGUUGACACUAUUAUGACCGAGGAAGAAGCUAAAGCCGAAGCUGCAGAAGCACUUAUCAAUGACGUCGAUGAUAAGGGGCGAGCUAUUCAAAGGCCUGGCAUUCUCACGGAUGCGCUUCCUAAUCCAUAUCCUAAUGCAAAGGCUGCUGCUGCAGCGAAUAACGGAGCUGCUCCGCCGGAUUUGUCUCUAAUGUCUCUAGCUAGACACGGAGGAGAUGACUACAUCUUCGCCCUGCUAACGGGAUACUUCGAUCCUCCGGCAGGUAUCAAGGUCGACGAUGGAAAAGCAUAUAAUCCGUACUUCCCAGGUGGAGUCAUAUCUAUGCCUCAGCAGCUCUACGAUGAGGGAAUUGAGUACAAGGAUGGAACGCCAGCAACUCAAUCACAACAAGCCAAAGACGUGGCAACAUUUAUGCACUGGUGUGCGGAGCCAUACCAUGAUACGCGGAAGAGAUGGGGACUGAAGGUAUGUUGA